CUGCUCAUUCUUUAUCUAUAUCUGGUCCGCUUCAUAUCUGUUUAUUUUUUCGUGGUGAGUUCGUGUCAAAAGUUUUUCUUUCCAUAAUAGAAACCAACAAAAGUAUAAUCCAAGAGGAAUUUUAAAAUUUGUAUACACAAAUCAAAAUUCAAGUCAUCGGCACAAUGGACAUGAGUUUGGAUGAUAUCAUUAAAACCAAAAAAAUUGCACCGCAUUUUGUUAAAAAAGUGCCUUUUAAAAGUGCACCUUAUAUCCCUGGAAAGGUCUUCACCAAAGACAACCGAAUCAAAGAUGCUAGAUUGAAGAUUAUCGAACGUAAUCGUGCUAAAAUUCGUGACGCCCGCGAUAAGUUGACCGAAAUAACAAGAUCUGGUGGCGAUGCCCGUCUACGUCUGGUCAGGAAACAUGGUAUCGUAAGUUCCAGCCAUAGAAAUAGGAAAUCACCAGUAUCAAGGGCUCUUAGCAAUCGCAACGCUAAAUUCGCCCUGAACGAUCGAAACCGAUUACCAGAUGUUAUAGGAAUACCCCGUGGUUACGUCGAUUAUGACAAUAUGGAAAGAUUGGAAGAAGAGGAGUAUGCAAGUUCAAUAAAUCGUGCUGUUACAAACGAGUUGGCGUACGAUAACUUUAGAACUGAAAGACAUCCAAAAGACCCGUGGGAAGCUAAUGGUGGUGAUCCUUUUGAACUGUACAAUAUUCCAAUAUCGAGAGCUCCUCCAGAAAUUACUCCUGAUGACUCGAUCCGAAGGCAAUUUCGGCCAUUGUCGCCUUCGAGGACAAUAAGGCAAUUGAGUCCUCCGUUUUCGCGACGCUACAUCCCUCAGCCAGCCUCCCACUUGUCCUAUGAAAUGCGUUCCCGAUUAGAACACGCACCCGAUCGCAAUGUUUCGAUGGGAAUAUUCUCAAAUCCCUUGAAACCACAAAAUAGUUCCCAAAUGUCGGGAUACCGAAUCGUAGUGAGCAAUUUAAACACAAGUGUGACCGAGGGAGACAUAAAGGAACUUUUCGAAGACUUGGGUGAGCUAUACGAGUCUCGUUUGGUGCGUCCAGGCAUCGCGGAGGUCAUCUACAAAGACCUUAAAGAUGCAGAAAAGGCAGUCGAGACUUAUCACAAUAGGCAAUUAGAUGGACAACCUAUGAAAUGUUUGCUAGUGAAUCCUCGUGCAUCAAGUAAACCCACUGCUCCUGCAAUUAAAAUUAUAAACUCAAAUUCCACAAAUCGAGUGCCAUCCGGAAAACCGCCCGUAGAAAUUGAUAUAGACGCCUUACAUAAAGUCCUCUUUCGUCGACAUUAAAUUAAUUUAAGCUUAGGAAACCAGUUUUUAGUAAGAAAACAGUCUACGAAUAAACAAACAAGCUUAUAUUUAUACACAUAAAUAAGAAACAUGACUUAAAGAACAUUAAAAAAAUUUGAAUGGUUUUUGCGUUUACGUUAGCGAGAGCGUUUUAGAAAACAAUGUACUUUUUGAUUUGCAUUCAUAAUUAUAAUAAAUUUGAAUACCUUCUAGGAGUUUGUGAACAAAAUAAUUGAAUUGA